GGAAGCGUUGUUUCUCACAAAGUUCACGUUUUCACUCGGCGGAAAUGUUGUUAUUGUAGAGGAAUAAAAUUCAAUAUUGGUCUCCCCCCUUCCUCAAAGAGAUGUUAGCCGGAGCACGGGGUUUUGAGCCUUUGGGAUCAGUAUCUACACGGAUGUCCUCCUCCUCUGGAAAGGAUACCAAAGUUUCAGGGAUUCAACCCAGACAACAGGGUGCAUGCCAAAGACAAUCCUUAGGCAUGAAAAGUUGCUUCUUAGGUGUGGAAACAAGGCCAGAAGUGAUAUGGAAGGACUGGGACCUGGGAAGAGAGUUCACCCAGACUUUGGUGUUAAAGAAUAUUCAUCCCAAGCUGCAGAAACUGCACAUUAGACCUCCCAUGUCCAAGUUCUUUUCAACCUCAAUUCCUCAGGUAGUUUGUAUCAGCCCAGGGACUUCUUUCUCCAUGCUGAUCUCCUUUACACCACUCCAAAGGUGUGAAUAUGAGGACAGCAUUGAGUUUCACAGUAAAGAGGGCAGCUUUCAAGUCCACCUCCGUGCCAUCAUCCCCCGUCAUAUCCUGGAGAUGCCUGAUUCCGUGAUGCUUCCACUCUGUGCUGUUGAGCAGUCAUCACAAACUUGUUUUGUGUUGAAAAACGUCAGUAAAGUCAAGACAUUGUUCCAGUGGGAUUGUCCAGCACCAUUCCAGCUGAGCCCAGAUCAAGGUCUGUUGAAACCCAACCAGGAGUGCAGCAUCACCGUGGUCUUUCAACCUCAAGAAGCGCGGGUGUACCAGCAGCAGGCACACUGCAGAUUUGGAGACGAAGAGAACAAGGAAGAUAGCUGCUGCACUGUGAUUGUGCAGGGACUAGCUAAAUACCCAUAUCUUCAGAUAAGAAAUCCUCUGUGCAAAGAUGAAGAAGACAAAUCAGGGCUUCACUUUGGGCCUGUGGGAAUAGGUCGGAGUUUACGAAAACACUUUGACAUUGUGAACCCUUCUCCUGUAAAUGUUAGUUUUUCUCUAUCACACCAGCCUGGUCUGGGGAACAUGUCUGAACCAGAGUUCCACUGUGAUGUCACUGAGGGUGAAGUGCCAUCUGGUGGAUCAUUGCGGGCUUCAGUCACUUAUUCUCCUGCUGUAGUGGACACAUUCUCUGUUGAGUACUUGACUCUAAAAUAUAGGGGGGGUCUCAGUGAAAGUCAGCUCAAGCUGUCUGGGAAAUGUAAAGGUCCUACAGUUUCCUUGUCAUCUUCUGUGGUGGCAUUUGGAUGUGUUGAAGAAAGUGAAUCGGUAGAGCAGACAGUGGAGAUAGUUAAUUCUUCCACUGUUGAGGCUAUCUUCCAAUGGGAAAUUGAUUGUGGAAACAGUGUAUUUAGCAUUCUACCAGCAAGUGGCACUGUGCUCCCACAAAGCCUCAUCACACUGAGAGUAGUUUAUAGACCGACAAACCCUAUGGCAAACUACAGAAGAGUGACAUGCUUCGUACUACACAAAGAUCCAUUGUUUCUGGACCUGAUUGGUACCUGUCACUCAGAGGACCUGAAACCAGUUAUUCUAAAACCAGAGCAUUUGAUUCUUUACAAGCUUCACUGGUACCAAAUGCAAGACUCUUUAGAGUCCUUAAAUGAUACAGACAUGGACCAGCAGGGAGGACACUUCAGCACGGAGGAGCUGUCAAAUCAAAAGCCAGGCAGUGCCACUGUCAUGUCAAGCACAGCAAUGGAGGAAUUUUACCAGACAUGCAUGGGGUGUAUGGAUCCUCCCUCUUCAAGAUGUUUUUCAACCCCACAUGUGUCUGUGGUGCCAAGUGAACUGCUGUUUAAUCACAAAAUGGCAUCCUCUUCGUCUGCUUCAUCCGCUUUCUCACAGUCUGUCUCCAUUACAAACCACACCAGAAGGAAACUCAGCCUGGUGUGGACUGUUGUCCAAGAUUCUCCAUUCUGUAUAUCUCCUUCAUCAUGUGACCUGUCCCCACUGAAGUCCACUUCAUUCUGUGUGACUUAUGACCCCAAGAGGCUCAACACCCUGCAUGGAGCACAACUUGAGUGUUUUGCACACCAUAAGAUCAGCCCUGAUUUAAAACAACUGUUGUGUCCACCUUGGUGUGUGACUGUCAGAGUAAUUGGACACUCUUUUCAGCCUGGAAAAGAACACUUUAUCCCAAACUGCUCCCUGAGGCCUUCUCAAGUGGUUUUUCCAGCAAAUGAUGUCAUUUCCUAUCGGACAGUGAAACUGCAAAAUGAUGGAAACCUGCCUGUCACAUUCUGCCUGGACCACAAAUCAAACCCCUUGGCUGACUCAGUGAAUUUACAGCCAAUCUGUGGUUUGAUCCAGCCAGGGGAUCACCAGAUCCUCACCAUCAGAACAAUUCCUAGCAAGGACAGUCCUAAAGAGGGGAUCAACUUAUCUUUACAGCUAAAUUCAUCUAAGUUCACCAGGGAUCUGACAGUUGUCAGUGUGGUGGAAAAGCCACGUGUUUCUUUGGAAAAUGGCAGCAAAUUGUAUUUCCAUCCAACAGCAGUGGGUUCACGAUCCCAGCACAGCAAUCACAUCAGAAACUUAAGCCGCCUGCCUAUAUGCUUUCAGUGGAACAUUCCAGAGUCAGACCAGGAGUUUAUCUUUGUCAAACCAGAUGCUGGUGAAUUACAUCCAAAUGACAGCUCAAUCCAGAUGUGGUCCUUCAGUCCUCAAGCAGAGAGAGUAUACACAAUCAAACCCACUCUCACCUUUUGGCCAGUUCAGAGUGAUGGAUCAGACAAGUCACACCUUACCUUUGAAGUGGUUGGAAUGGGAUUCAGUGGUUUUUUGGAGGCAGAGAAUGCAGUCCUGGACAUGGGGGACACUCUCGUGGGAAGCUGUCAUUCAGUUGAGGUUCCACUUGUGAACAACAGUCCAUGUCCUGUUUCUUUUUGUCUUUCUGUACAGCACGUACUUACAGGCAAUCACCCUUCAUAUGACUCUGAACCAGAACAAAGUGACCUGCAGCUGUGCUCUGAUAGGGGAACCAUUGCAUCAUCUUCCAAAAUGCUGAUCCGAUCAGCAUUCAGACCACGCAGACAAGGCCAGUACCUCUGGACCAUCAGCUACCAGAUUCUAAAUGUCAAUGGGUCUGUAUUAGGGAACCCUAAGACACUGUGUGAAGUGCGAGCUAAGGGAGUGUUUCCUAGUUUACAGGUGAUUGAUGGAUGUGCUGGUGGGAGUGUGGAAAGGGUCAAUAGGGUGCAUUUGUGGAAACUCUUCUCACUGGACAGCCUCAAUCAGCACCUGCUGUCCACUUCCUCACCUAAAGAAGACCCUUUAAAAUCCACUGUUAAUCAAAAUUUUCCUUCAGUUUUCACCAAAACCAUGUUGGAUUUCAACUUCAGUUCUGCUCCUCUAAAUUCAGAACCCUCUCAUUUUGAGUUGAUGUUUCAUAACCCUGGUUCUAUCCCUGUAGACUGGGCUUUCUUAUUUCCAGAGGACCAAAAGAUAGAGUUAGAUUACUGGGCAGUGACCGGAGAGUACAGCAGCAAAGAGCUGUACCAGAUGAAGAUUCAAGACAAUCAACUCUUCAGUGUUUUCCCUCGUUCUGGAACUUUACUGCCUAAACAGAAGAGAGCCGUACACUUCUAUUAUAGUCAUGACUUUGUUGGAACAGACCGACUUCCUGUUGUGUUUAAACUCUCUUACGGCAAAGAGAUCCUGCUGAAUUUCCAAGGGGUCACUUUAGACAGGGAUACACCAUAUCUCCACUUUGCCUCUAGAAGACAUGUUUUCACAUCUGUAAAUAUUGGGGACAGCAGUCCUCCAAGGCAGAUGUAUGAAUUGCACAAUGGUGGGGCAGUGCCAGUCCGUUAUGAGGUGGAUACAGCUGUCUUGACACAGCUUCAGAUUAACAACUUCAAUCAUCCAUUGCUGCGUUGCAUCAAUCCAGAAGGAGAAGUGCUUCCAGGAAAAAGCACAGUGAUCGAAUGGAUCUUCUCUCCACUAGAGGCUAAAAUGUACCAAAUGGAUGUUCCUAUCCACAUUCAGGAUGGGGCAUUGACACUGGUCAGGUUUGAAGGAUGUGGGCUUGAUACUCCAACACUCGGCUCCUCAAACUCUUGCGCAUGCAAUGACAGUAAAGCUCCGGUUCACUGUUUACAGAGGGUUCCCUUCCCAGGACAGGUGUUAAUCCUGUCUGAAAACAGCGUCUUUCUUGGUGACAUCGUUGUUCGCUCACGGUCUUCAAGAAUCCUCUUCCUCACCAAUGUGUCUUACACAGACACUGUUCAGUACACAUGGGAGCUGCCACAGCAGAGCAACCAGCAGGUGGUCCAGAUCCAUCCCGAGCGAGGCUACCUUGGUCCCGGGGACUGUGCUCUUUGUGUUCUUACCUUCACUGCUACUGAUUACCCCACCAUUUACAUGCUCGAUCUGGUCUGUCAGUAUAUUCAGGAAUCUGCAAUUGCCAAGUAUCAGGAAGCUUUAAAGGCCUGGGAAGAUGAAAAAGAAAGACAGCAAUAUGAAUUAAUAAGCACGGACAAAAAUAUUCUGGAGAAACAAAGAAUUCUGACUGAUGAGGAACCUUUAGCAGCACCUGCAAGGAAAGGCCCACCACUCAGAAAAUAUAAGACUCUACCUCCUAUUUCUGCAUGCAGUACUUGGGAAACAAUUGGCAGCUUAUGUUUCAAACAAACAAAAUCUAUGCAGCGAAAAAUGCGACAAACAGCAAAAGUAUGGAACAAGCCACUUCCCCCCAAGCCUGCGCUGUUGCAUCUAACUGUUACAGCACACUCCCAUGGACUUCUGGAGUACCUCACACACUUUCCUGAUCAGUACACAAAGAUCUGCAGGUCCUUUCAGUCAAGUAAGUUCCAGACACCUGUAAACUGUCCUGCAGAUGAUGCUUUUAAACCACCACAUGACCCAGACAGGGACCUCCUUGUGAACAUACUAGCUCCUUUGUUAAGGGAUGUACUUGUUGAUCCAGCCUUCAUCAAAUCCAUGAUUACUUUAUCUUCAAAGCCUUGCAUCUACAAGCCCAAAGAAAUGCCUCCCACUCUAUGCCCAACAGCACUAUCACCCCCCCGCCCCCCUUCUUCUCUCUCAACAAGCAAACCUCACUUUCUGUUGAAUGGGACAACUGACAGGAAGGAGACUGCAGUACACUUUGAAAACAGGCCUCAAACACAGACCACUCAUGAGGUGGUUUUGAUGAACACCCUGCAGAACUUGAUGAUGGAAGCUGUUAGAGGGGAACUUGUCUUAACAUCAUGCCCAAGCACCAUCAUACUGCCACCAUUUUCAAAAAGAAGCAUACAGAAGUCCAGACCCAUGACUGAGGAAGACUAGCAGAUGCUCAAGUGUCUCCAUUUGCCCGAUUCCCAAAGGUCUGCGUACCUCUUCCUAUACUUUCAUUAAAAUCAAAUCCAGCUAGAAGAAUUUGAUAUCUCCAUCUUUUUUUUUCUUUUGUGGUCCUGCCCCUCAUAAAUAUCUCCAUAAAAAUGUAACUAAAGACAUACAUGCUGCACCAGCAGAGAGCAUGAUAACAGAUAAACUAUAUUUACAUAUUAGGCUUUCCAAAAUUAGGAAAGUUUAUCUGUGGACAGAAAAUAAAACCGUAAACAGAAUGAGCAAAUUGCUAUUAAUGUGGUACUAUAGUUAAAUGUUUUAAUAAAUCUAAAUAUCGAGUCAAUUU